GGUUUUGCCGGAAAGAUGAGUGACAACAUUGGUAAAGAUACAAUCUAUUACACAGUUACAAAUUCUAGUGACGACCCAUUAAACCCUAAACCUGGAACCCUCAGAUACGGAGCCACUGUAAUCUCUCAAAAAGUAUGGAUCACUUUUCAAAGGCACAUGAAUAUCCAACUUAAAAAACCACUUGUCAUAAGUAGUUUUACUACCAUUGAUGCACGUGGUUCACGCAUUCACAUAUCAGGCAUUGGGUGUCUCUUGAUCAAUAAGGUGAGCAAUGUGAUCAUUCACGGGUUGUAUAUCCACCAUUGUCGAUCUGGAGAAUCAGGCUCAGUCAUGGGUCCAAACUCAAAGAUAAUGAACUUUGGAGGAAUAGAUGGCGAUGGAAUUACGGUGGCUAGAGCUUCAAAGGUUUGGAUCGAUCACAAUACAUUAUAUGCAUGUCAAGAUGGUCUAAUCGAUGUCACUCGAGGCUCCACUGAUGUUACAAUCUCCAACAACUGGUUCAAAAACCAAGACAAAGUGAUGCUUCUUGGGCACACUGACGAGUACUCGAGUGACAAAAACAUGAAGGUUACUAUAGUAUUCAACCAUUUUGGACCCAAUUGUAGCCAACGAAUGCCAAGAGUUCGCUAUGGAUUUGCUCAUGUAGCAAAUAACUUGUACCAAGAAUGGACAAGCUAUGCUAUUGGAGGAAGCAUGAACCCUCAAAUCAUGAGUGAAGCCAACUUGUUUAUCGCGCAAAAAUCAGGGAAGAAAGAGGUAAUAUGGAAAUUGGGAAGCUCAUCAAAAAUUUAUUCAGUCAGGGAUGUCUUUAAAAAUGGAGCUUCUUUUAAAGCAACAGGUUCUGGAAGUAUACAGCCCAAUUAUAAUGAUCAACAAAGAUUUCCAGUCGCAAAUGCAAAAUCUGUGCAGGCAUUGACAAAUUUUGCAGGUGUUUUAGUAUGCUCUUGGUCAUCUAUAUGCUGA